CGUUUGUAUCAUAGAUUAAAUACUUAUUAAUUGUGUUUUAAACAGUUAAAUAAUAAAAUAAAAAUAAUAUACUUUCAAAACAGUAAAUACACAUUACAUGGACAAUUAAACAACUAUAAAUAGUUAUGUAAUCUCGAAACUCCAUUUCCAAAACAUAACCUCAAAAUGAGCUCAAUACAAGAGCGUCUUCAGCUCAAAAGAGUUCCCCUGGACACUUGGAAUAUACGUGAACAGCUAUGCCUGGCAUCCGCCGUGGUCAGAAGCGGGGAUCAGAACUGGAUGUCGGUUUCCCGCGCUCUAAAGACCCUUGGCGAGCCAAACAGGCCUCCGGACUGGUAUUCCCAAAAAAGCUGUGCUGCACAAUAUGGAACGCUAUUAGAACAUGUGGAAACGCCGAAACGAAAAAAGAGAAACUCUGAUGGUGGCGUGGAAACUCCACAGGAGAGUAUAUUGAAACGUUUAACACAAGAUCGGAUAGCCGAGAUCCAGAAGAAUAUUGCUGAAAUGAGUCAACAACAUGAAGUAAUGAAGGAUGAAUUAUCGGAGAUCCGUAAUCCUUCAACGUCUGAUGAGCGUCUGCUUGAGCUCUGGGCCAAUAUGGAGUCCGCGAAACGGGCUAAAGAAAGAGAAGCAGCGAAGAAGGUAGCUUGGCUCAAAGAAAGAGAGGAAAGGCGGGUCAGAGCCGAGAGAAACUGGCGUCCACAAUCGACUCCCUCUUCACCAGCACACGACAACACACCGACUCCAGUGCCUCCAGCCUCCCCGCUCCUGACGUCACUGCUGAAGUCGUCUCCGGUUGUAACAACACCACAGCACAUCUCGCAUCCAGCCAAUCUUGUCGAAACGGUCUCGCCAUCAGUCACGGCUCCUACUCUGUCGAUGCUGCUGGAGAAGUCCUUGUCCUCGUCCUCCUGCAACCAGCACGAGAGCAAGCACGCGGCCAUCGAGCACAUCAAGAGUCAGCUGCAACAGAUCGAGCACCAGCUGAAGGCGAACACGAGCUCGCCGGUGUUGCCAGCCCCCGCCCCCGCCCCCACCCUCGCCCCCGCAGUGGACAUCGACGACAUCGAGAUCAAGGCUGAAGACGUUUACGCCUUCAGGGACGUGGACAUACACAUACCGCCCGUCGCCUUGCACAAGGGCGGCGCGGGGGGCAGCAAACAAGAAAAACCAGCUCCCAAAAAGGAUGAAGAGGCUGUCGAAGCUGACGGGGUCGCGGAGGAUUCCUCUGAACCAAUGGAGGAGAGUAUCAAGGAGGAACCGACGUCCGUGGAGGCUGGCGAAGAGGCUGUGAUAGAAGGUACAGAGGUGGCUGACUCGACGUUGCCGGCUGUGGCUUCGGAGGCGGAGGAGGCCGCCUCCCCGCCCGGCCCCCCGCCUGACCCCCCAGCAGAGACGGAGGUCAAGGUCAGCUUCCCGGAAGUGAAAUUCCCGACGACCGAAAUUAAAGUCAUUCAACCCGAAGUUGAAAAGAUAAAAGAGGAGAUCAAGGAAAUAGAAUCGACACCUCCUCAACCAGACGUGGAGGAAGAGGAGGUGGUCACGCCGAAAGAUGAACCAGCCCCUCCGGUCGAGGAGGAGCCUCUACCCGCGGAAGAGAGUGACGCACUUGACCCCGAACCACCUCCGGUCCCUGUAGAAGAGAAACCAGAGCCGUCCGCGAGCGAAACGGAAGUUGUAACCCCUGAAGCACUUCCUCAAGAUGAGUCGGUUGAAGAACCGCCUCCCGCGCAACAGCCGGAGGACGUCGAAGAGGAGUGUCUGAGGGUGCUGCCCGAAGAUAUACCCUUGCCACCGGAGCCUGAACCGGAUGCGAAGGAGCCCGACGCACCAGAAGCGGCUGAGAGCCCAGUUUCAGCGCCACCAGAGGAGACUCCGGUCGAGGAGCCACCGCCCGAAGCGAAGCCGGAAGCCGAAGAGGAAACGCCACUGGUGGAAGUCAAGACGGAGCCGGAAGUGGCGAACAAAUCGGCCGCACCGGAAGCGGAAGCGGCCGUCGAGAAGACGGAAGACGGACUGAAGAGAGACGAAGAUGCCGAGGAUUCAAUACCCUUGAACCAGAUGCUCAUCCAGGCGGUCGCGAAGCGGGAGCCUCCGCCCCCCGAGGAGACGCACGCCGAGACAGACGACGACACCCCCAUGGAGUUGAGCAGAGAAGAGGAGAAGGACGGAAAGAAGAAGAGAGACUAUUCUAGAAAGAAGAAAUCCGAUUCUCGAACUUGCUCAGGGUCAGAGAGCGCCGCGGAGACCAGCGCCCCGGACUCGCCCAGCGGCAACGACGCCGAGAGACAGCACCGCCUGUGGAGGAAGUCCGUCAUGCUGGUCUACAGCAGAUUGUGCGCUCAUAAAUACGCUUCGCUGUUCCUCCGUCCGAUCAGCGACGAGGAGGCGCCUGGGUACAGCGUCGUCGUGAAGCGGCCCAUGGACCUCACCACGAUCCGCAGGAACAUCGACAACGGAAACAUCAGGACGACGGCCGAGUUCCAGCGCGACGUGCUCCUGAUGCUGUCCAAUGCCCUCAUCUACAACAGCACGGAGCACAGCGUCCAUUCGAUGGCGAAGGAGAUGCACGAGGAGGCUCAGUGUCAGCUGGGCAUGCUGGUGGCUGCGCAGGCGCACGCCGGGCUGUGCGCCGCCCCCCCGCUCCGGAGGAAGAGGAGGCGCCACCACUCCCCCCUGCACCACCCCGCGCACUACACGCGCCCGCACUGAGAGGGGACCUCAACACGAGCGCACAAUGUAACGCAAAAUCGACCACUAAAGCGACUAGCGUCAGAGCUUAAUAAAUACAUAUUUAAUUAUUACUAGUGGUCCCGCAGUAGUAGAAAUUCGACUAUAAUGAAUUGAAAUUUUAUGUUGAAACAUUAUUAUGGUUCUAUUGUCAAACACUGUUAUACUUUUAAUCACAGAUGUCGCCAAAACUACACUAUAGAUAAAUAA